AUGUCAGAGAAUGAAACAUGCACAUCAGAGCUGCCUGAAGCGAAUCGAAUUUUAUUUUUGGAAAAAGUUCGACAAUCAAAUAUCGCGUGUCAGAAUGGAGAUUUCGCCAAAGCUGUUCAACUUUACACAGAUGCUUUGAUAUUAGAUCCCAAAAAUCAUAUUUUAUUUAGCAAUCGUUCAGCAGCGAGACUAAAGCAAGGACAAUUUUUACUUGCACUUCAAGACGCUUCGAAAGCGAGAGAACUUUGCCCUCAAUGGCCAAAAGCUUAUUUCCGACAAGGAGUUGCCCUUCAAUGUCUCGGAAGAUAUGGAGAAGCACUUGCUGCUUUCAGUUCCGGUCUUGCUCAAGAUCCAAACUCGAAACAACUUUUAAGUGGAUUAAUUGAAGCUUCAAUUAAGUCUCCGCUUCAUCAUGCACUUGAACCAACAUUCGAGCAGCUUAAGAAUAUGAAUUUAGAUCAAUCGCCAUUUGUUGUAAUCAGUGUGAUUGGACAAGAGUUGCUUGCUGAAAAGAAUUAUGAACCAGCUGUUGUUGUCCUUGAAUCAGCACUUAGAAUUGGUUCCUGUUCAUUGAAACUUCGUGGAUCAGUUUUCAGUGCAUUAAGUUCCGCUUAUUGGGCGUUAAAUCAAUUAGACAAAGCAAUUUCUUAUAUGCAACAAGAUUUAGCUGUUGCUAAAAGUUUAGGAGAUCAAUUAGGUGAAUGUCGUGCACAUGGAAAUUUAGGUUCCGCUUACUUCAGUCAGGGAUCAUUUAAAGAAGCUUUAACAGCACAUCGCUAUCAACUUGUACUUGCCAUGAAAUGUAAAGACACGCAAUCAGCUUCAAUUGCUUUAACAUCACUUGGGCAUGUAUAUACGACAAUUGGCGAUUAUCCCAACGCUCUUGCAUCGCAUAAACAAUGUGUGCAAUUAGUUAAACAAAUGGGAAAUGUUCUGCAGGAAGCAAGAGAGAUUGGAAAUGUUGGCGCAGUUUAUCUUGCAAUGGGAGAAUUUGAUUUGGCUAUUGAUUGUCAUCAGCAACAUUUGAGACUAGCGAAGAAGUUAAAUAAUCAAGUGGAAGCAGCGAAAGCUUACAGUAAUCUAGGAUCGAGCUUUCACUACAAGAGAAACUUCCCUCAAGCAAUAAUUUAUCAUGAAAAUGUACUUAAAAUUGCUUCACAGAUAAACGACCGCGGAUUGGAAGCGAGAUUUAAUUAUCGAGCAUAUGCUGGUCUUGGACAUGCUGCAAGAUGUGCUGGUGAUUAUAAUCAAGCUAAAAAGUGGCAUGAAAAGCAAUUAGAGAUGGCUCUAGCAGCACGAGAUAAAAUUGGUGAGGGACGAGCUUGCAGUAACUUGGGAAUUGUUUAUCAACUUCUUGGCGAACACGACCACGCUUUGAAGCUUCAUCAAGCACAUUUGGCGAUUUCCAGACAACUUCAAGAUAAAGCUGGAAUGGGACGAGCUUUUGGUAAUAUUGGAAAUGCUUAUUCAGCUGCUGGAUAUUAUGAACAAGCAAUCAAAUAUCACAAACAAGAAUUGAUUAUAAGUAAAGAAGUUCAUGAUCGUUCGGCUGAAGCAAGCACACAUGGAAAUCUUGCUGUCGCUUAUCAAGCUAUUGGUGCACACGCAAUGGCUUUGAUUCAUUAUCGAAGUCAUUUAAAUAUUGCACGAGAACUCAAAGACACUGUCGGUGAGUCUUGUGCGUUGUUGAAUCUUGGAAAUUGUUUAAGUUCACGACAAGAGUUUGCUGAAGCUGUUCAAUAUUACGAGCAAUAUUUGAUGCUGUCGCAAGAAAUCGGCGACGUUGCGGCUGAAGGAAAAGCUUGCCACUUCUUAGGCUACGCUCAUUAUUGCCUUGGAAAUUAUCGUGAGGCUGUUCGAUAUUACGAUCAAGAUUUAGCACUGGCUAAAGAUUUACAAAAUAAAGUCAACAUGGGACGUGCUUACUGCAACUUAGGACUCGCUCAUUUGUCGCUUGGCAAUAACGACGCAGCAUUGGAGUGUCAGAAAUAUUUCCUGGCAAUUGCACACAUGACGAACAACAACAAUGGAAAGUUCAGAGCUUUGGGAAAUAUUGGCGAUGUGUUGAUUAAAGUUGGUGAUUUAGAUGAAGCUUCAAAGAUGUUUCAACGACAACUUCAAAUUGCAAGACAAUUGAGAGAACGAACACUUGAAGCAACAGCGUGUGGUGCUUUGGGCUUAGCAAAUCGAUUAAUGAAGAAACAUGAUAAAGCUUUAGGAUUUCAUACACAAGAAUUAACAUUGAGACAAGAAUUGUCAGACAUUCUUGGCGAAUGUCGUGCUCAUGGACAUCUUGGAGCUGUUCAUAUGGCAAUUGGAAAUUACACGCAUGCUGUUAAAUGUUAUCAAGAACAACUUGAACGUGCGCAAGAAUUAAAAGAUUUAGCACAAGAAGCGAUUGCUUAUGGUAAUUUAGGCAUCGCCAGACUUAACAUGGGUCACUAUGAAGAAGCAAUUGGAUUUCUUGAACAACAAUUGGGCACUUUGGAGCAGGUAAAUUCACCUCAAGUGCAGCAUGAUCGUGCACGAUCACUUGGAAAUCUUGGCGAUUGUUAUGAGUCGCUUGGUGAUCAUGAAGAAGCAAUUAAAUGUUAUGAACAACACUUGCAAUUAGCCAUUCAACUGUCGAGUUUAAGAGACCAAGAGCGAGCUUAUCGUGGUUUGGGAUUAAGUCACAAGCAGUUGGGAAAUCUUCAAGAAGCUUUGGUGUGCCUUGAGAAGCGUUUGUUUGUGGCACAUGAGUUGGGAAGUCUUGAAGCUAAAGCGUCGUCUUACGGAGAUCUUGGAAACAUUCAUUGCUCAUUAAAUAACUUUGAGCAAGCUGUAGCAUGUCUUGAACAUCAAAGAGACAUUGCAAGAGAACUUGACGAUCGUUCAAUGACAUCUGACGCGAUCUCAAGUCUUGGCGCUGUUUUUCAACAAAUGAGCGACUUUGAUGCUGCUUUGCGACUUCAUAAAAUGGAUUUGGAGCUUUGUGAGAGUGUUGGAAUUAACAGUAUGAUUGCGAGAGCUUAUGGAAACUUGGCAGCUGUUUAUGAGGCUUUGAAAAAUGUUCACGAGUCGAUUCGAUGUUUAGAGAAGCAACUUUCAUUGACGACAGAUCGAUUGACGAAAAGUACGAGUUUCUUGAAUCUUGGUCGUGUAUUGCAAUCAAUGAAUCAAACAACUCGUGCAAUUGACUGCUUACAACAAGCACUGCAAAUAGCACAAUCAUUGAAUAAAUCAGAAGAAGAAUCGAAGAUUAGAUUCGCACUUGGACUUUCACUUCUCGCUUCAAACGAGAAAGACGAAGCACGAUCGCAAGUUGAAAAUGCUGCACAAAUUCUUGAAUCGAUUCGUUCAUCUGAUCAACGUUCAAUUCAAUCAAAAAGUGAUCUUUACAGUCUUCAAACGAACUGUUAUAACACAUUGCAACAAAUACUUGUCAGCUUAGGAAAGGAAGAAGACGCUUUAGUGGCAGCAGAGAAAUGUCGAUCGAGAAUCAUCGCAGAUGGAAUGAAAAAUUCACCGCAAAUGCCUUUGAGUAAUAGAAAACUUUUAUUCACAUGCAGCGAAUAUCUUUUCGACACAAUUGACAAGUUUAAGACUCACAUAAUUUACUACAGCAUCGCUAAUGACGAACUUUAUGCUUGGUAUCUUCAACCACAAAAAAGAAUCGUUCGGUUUCAUGUUGCACAACUUAAUGAAAGUGUUUUGAUGUUGCCACCAAGUCAGAAGACGAAAAAUUCACCUGAGAGUGGAGCAAAGUUAUUAGAGAGUUACAUAAGCUUUGUCAGAGAUAGUUUGGGAGUUUAUUCCGGUGACGACGUGUCACUUCAUUCGAAUAGCUCACCAGGAGGUCAAUGGCGAUCAAACUCUUCAGAGAAUCUUAUUGAUGACUUUGCAAAUGAACGGCAAGGAUUCCUACGAAUGGUUAAUCGAAAUCAUUUGUUAAAUUCGAGUAAUUAUUCACUCAGCUCAUUGUUUAGUUUGGGAUCGAUUUCAAGUUUGCAGGGAUCAACGAGAUCAAUUGGAAGCCUUCAACAUGGCGGUUCAACACGUUCAAGAGCCAACACAAUUCCAUCGACAUCAACAUGGCAAGGCCCGCCAUGUCUUCACGUUCUUUACAAUCUUCUACUUGCACCGUUUGAAGAUUUAUUGCCAAAUUGUGGUUCAAGUCCGCGAAUUGGUCGUCGGGAAUUAAUUCUCAUUCUUGAAGAUUGCUUGUAUUUGGUGCCAUUUGCGAUUCUAAGAAGUGGCGAUGAAAGUGGAGAAUUUCUGUCUGAAAGAUGUUCAUUGUUGACUGUGCCAUCAUUGCAAGCUUUAAGACAGAAAAAUCGAUUCAAGAAUCGAGAGAAUGUCGACAAUAUCAACAAAGCUCUUGUUGUUGGUGUUGGUGGAAAUCGAAUGAACAAUCCCGACAUUUCCUGGUCAGAUCCAACGUCUGCUGUUCAAGAAGCUGCGAUGGUUUCUGAAAUGUUACAUACGAAGCCUUUGCUACAACAAAAUGCAACGAAGGAAUCAAUUCUCAAUGAAUUAACGUCAGCUGAGUGCAUUCACUUCGCAUGUCAACUUGCUUGGAAGCAUUCAGCAGUUGUGUUGAGUGCCGGCAACAUGGUGGAGUCACAAUCGAAUUCAAAACGUUAUUAUCCGACAGGAAACAAUGAAAUCGAUCAAGAAGAUGAAAGCAACGACAUGACAAAUAGCAGCAUGGAAGUUCCAUUAAAUGAUUAUCUGUUGAGUGGAAGUGAAAUUGCCAACACAAGACUCGCGGCAAAACUUGUCGUUUUAAACACAAACUCGACGUCUGAUCAAAUUUCCGGUGCUGCUGUUGCUAAUUUCACCAAUAAUUGGUUGAUUGCUGGAACAAGCGCAAUUUUAAUAAGCUUAUGGCCUGUACCGGAAAUGGCAUCAAAAAUUUUAUUGCGAGCAUUUUAUUCAGCACUUUUACAAGGAUCGAGAGUUGCGAGUGCAUUGACAGAAGCUAUGCAAACAGUUCAACACACAAAACAUUUCUCGAAUCCCAUAAACUGGGCUGGUUUCGUGAUAGUUGGUGGUGCAAAUGUUCGUCUGUCAAAUAAAGUUGCUUUAAUUGGACAAGCUUUGUGUGAGUUGAUGAAACAAUCUGAGAAAUGUCGUGACGCUCUUCGUGUUUGUUUGCAUUUGGUUGAGAAGAGUUUGCAAAGAAUUCAUCGUGGACAGAAGAAUGCAAUGUACACGACACAGAAAAGCAUUGACAACAAAGCAGGUUCUGUAACUGGUUGGAAGGAUUUGUUGAUGGCUGUUGGAUUUCGUUUUGAACCAGCUGCGAAUGGAAUUCCAUCGAGCGUCUUCUUUCCACAAUCUGAUCCGGAAGAAAGAUUAUCACAAUGCAGUGCAAGUCUCCAAGCACUUCUCGCUUUAACACCAACAACGCUUCAUGCACUCUCGAAACUCGUCAUGAAUAACAGUGAAUCGUCUGAAGACAUCAUAUCUGUGAUGAGAAACAUCGUUGGACAAUUUCAGACGAAAGCUUCAGUUGUUGAUAAUGAAGGAAUUGACAUCUCAUUGAGUGUUCGAUUGUGGAAAAUCAGCGGCUUUCAUGAAAUGCUCGCUUCACUUGGUUUUGAUUUGAUGGAUGUUGGACAAGAUCAAGUGACAUUGAGAACAGGAAAACAAGCAAACAAGAGAAAUUGUCAAUUUGUUUUACAAGCUUUGCUUGCUUUGUUCACUCAGGAAGCUCCAAAAACUAUUGGAAUGGAAUCAGCAAGCACUUCAAGCUCAAGUACAGAAUCAUUGAACGAAGCUGUGGAUAAUGAAAUGAAAUCAAAUUAUAAUCAAUUUCCACGGCCAAUUAUUGCACCUCGUAAGAUGACAACGAGUUCAAGAAGUGCUUUCAUUUCUUACCAGAAGCGACGUGGCGAACCUGACGGUGGGCAUGAAGAAACAAUUCAACAACAGAAGAAACUUCAACCGACUUUCGAAAACACCGACAGUGAACUUUCUGAUGGUUAUGCGACGCAAAGAAUGUUAGCGAAAUAUGCUGGCAAAGAUCUUGCCUAUGGAUUACGUGGAACGACGAAGAUUUGUCGUCCUGGAGGUGGAGGCGAAUCUGAUGCAACUUUCACACCAUCACCAAUCGAUAAUAACGUGUCAAUGGCUUUGGCACAUCAAACAAGAAUUAGAAAUUUGUAUACGAAUAUUAAUGAAGCGACAUCAAGUGGAGUUGCUAACAAGAACACAUCUCGACGACCCGACAGCUCAAGUUCAGCUUCAUCAGCAGCUGAUUGGGAUUCUGGUCAUGCGACUGUGCUGAGAAGAGCUAAUAAUGCUGCAAUGCAAAGUGGAACAUUACCGAUGCCAGCAACAAGACAACUUCUUCCAAUUGUUGACAAUCUUCGACCAACCGCGCCAGUUUACAACAAUUUAUUAGUUCAAUGUGGCAUGAAGAAGAGUUUGGGAGUGAUUGAGUCGACAAGUAGUGAUUCAGAAGGUUGGAUGCCAAGUCAAACACGAAAUAAAAUUAAACUUCAUCAGCAAUACAUUCAACAAGCACAUCAGCAACGUCAUCAAGUGAAUUCACAUUACCAAGACAUUCCAGCAGUCAGCGUUGCGAAACUUAAAGAACAAUUUAACUUUAUUGAUCGAUUGAGUGUUAGAACAGAAGCGUCGAAAGUUAAUGGUGGACAUCGAAAGACAAUUUUGAAGCCGAAUGAAGACAUGAAUUUGCCAAGUAACAGUCUUUACUUCUCUCCAGCUGAACUUCAAAAUACAACGACAAAUUUGGUGGAAGAUGACUCGGGACCGAGUUCGGUUAUUCAUCAUCAACCCACGCAUAAUCAUAAUAAAGUGAAAGAAGCUAAAAACAGCCCAUCAACAUCUGGAAAUGCUUCAUCCAAUAAUGGAUCAAAUCCACAACCGACGAAAAAGAAUAUUCAAGAUUCAAUCAUUCGUCAUGUUAAUCGGGAAAUAGCGCCAGCAAUUUCCGAUGUUUAUCAUGAGAGAAAUAUUGGAUUAAUCUCAGCUCCACCAUUAUCGAAGCUUUUGAUGACAAAUUAUGAAGAGAAUGAAAAUGUCAACAAUACUCAACCGUCAGUUUCAUCAUCGCCAACGUCAGGAUUAAACAAGCUGAUGAAUGCAAUUGAUUUGAGCGAAGAAAUUACAAGUUGCACGAAUACAACAGCAAAACUUUUGUCAUGCGGUGGUGCAAGUAACAGUGAUGAAGAGUUUUCAGUUGAAGAUGAAGCAGCAAGUAGUCAGACGACCAUGAAAUCAGCACCGAAAAAGAAAAGUUUUAGUUCCGUACCGUGGUUGAGUUCGUUAAAUGCUGAAAAUAUUGUCAAGCCAAGUGAUUUGACAACAGCAGAAAUUCUUGAACAUCAAAAAAUUAAAUCAACAAGUUCAAGUUCUUCAAACUCUGAUCACUUGACUGUUCUUAAAAGUCCUUACUCUGAAUUUCGUGACGAUGCUGAUGGGCAUUCUCAAUGUUCGUCAACACCUAAAAGCAGUUUGCCAUCUCAACAGAUAAGAAAUAACCUUUACUGA